UUGACAGUAAUCUUUUGUGUUUUGCUGUUGUGUAUGUUUAUAUGAAAUAGAUUGAUGGAUUAGAAAACUGUAGAUAAUAAUUAUGAACAUAUUAGUUCGGUGAGAGUGACUUCUAAUUUAGUGAAAAAGUGUUAUUAUGUAUUGUACAGUUGAUAAAAGUCACUGUAGUGCAACUUCCAGCACGCAAACUAAAACUAUGAAGGAUGGCUUACCAACGGGAGUCACAAUGCGCGAAAAAAAAAGUGGUGCCCUAUCUCGAAUGCAGAAGCUCAGGAAGAGGCUGUCACACUCCUUUGGACGAUUAUCGGUAUCGAAAGAAGAGGCGGAAGAACAUACCCAGCAUGGAAAACUGCACUAUAAUGGCUACAGCGACGAGUUCCUAGACCGAUUAGAACCUAAUGGAAAUAUACCGGCAGAAAAAGGCGAUCUUGGAUAUGGGGAUUAUUCAACUUAUGGAAGGAGUGAAAACAUGGGUACGAUGCGGAGUGCACAGUCAGCUGAGUGGAACAGCGUUCCUGGUCACGACAGGGUAAAAAGGCAACUAUCUGUUUCUAGUGAUAGCAAACUUUUAGAUGAAGACAUUCGAGAAGAAACCAAAGUAAUACUGAGGCCAAGGAAACCUCCCAGGCCCAAAUCCGAAGUUUUGCUCAAUCAAGGAAGUGAUCACCGACGGACUAAGAGGUAUUCAGCCUUUGGGGGUGAUUCACCAUUUGGCAAGUCGGAUGCUUAUAUAAAACUAGAACAAUUAGGUGAAGGUUCAUAUGCAACCGUGUAUAAAGGAUUUAGCAAUUCACAGCAAUUCGUGAGGCUUCCUUGUUGAAAGAACUGAAACAUGCAAAUAUUGUCACCUUACAUGACAUUGUACACACCAGGGAGACACUUACUUUUGUCUUUGAAUAUGUCCACACGGAUUUAUCCCAAUAUUUAGAACGUCACAGCGGUGGACUCGACCCCCGGAAUGUUCGUCUAUUUCUCUUCCAAUUACUUCGUGGUCUGGCUUACUGUCAUAAGCGAAGAGUACUUCAUCGAGAUGUUAAACCUCAAAAUCUUCUUAUUAGUGAAAUUGGAGAAUUGAAACUGGCUGAUUUCGGAUUGGCCAGAGCCAAAUCAGUGCCUAGUCAUACUUACUCUCAUGAAGUAGUAACCUUGUGGUACAGACCACCUGACGUAUUGCUGGGAAGCACCGAAUAUUCCACUUCAUUAGACAUGUGGGGAGUGGGAUGCAUAUUCGUGGAAAUGAUCACAGGAAUGGCAAUUUUUCCUGGUGUUCGGGAUACUUAUGAUCAGUUAGAUAAAAUAUUCAAGGUGAGUACUACUAAAAAUGAAUUUUUGACUGUGUUUUUCAAUUACUAG